AAGCCAUCUUGGAGACCAUGCUUCGACUUCUCUCCAGGGCUUUGGCCUUCUUCUGGAGAAGAGCAGACUCUUCGGAGGCCAAGGAGGAGCAGCCUAUGAGGCUCCUGGAAGGUGAUACAUUAAAAAAUAUUCAGGGAGCUGUGACAAAGGUCUGUGGGAAUCAUGGCUUGAUUGAUGACAUGAUCUACUUCAGUAGUGAUGUUGUGGAUGGCAAUAUGUUUCCUAAAGUGGGACAAAAAGUCAUUGUCGUUGUGGAAGAAGAUGAAAUAUAUGGAUUGAAAGCGAUAAAAGUGGUUCUUCUCUGUGAUAGUUGCCAUGGCACUGGAGUGUCCUACUCCAAUGCCAGUGUUCCAUUUCCCUGUGUUAACCCUGCAGUGGAAGGAGCUGACCACAUUGAUCAUACAACUUACAUUUUGCUAGAUGUUGUUUGUAAAGGUUUCGAGCCUUACCCAGGGGACCGAGUGGAAGUUGAGGUUUGCACCGAGUUAGAGACCUUGACCAGCAGGGCCCUGUCGGUGAAGCCUCUGAGACAUAAGCAUGUGCAUGAGGUCUGCAUUACUAGCCUAAAUACAAGAAAUGGGGUGAUUGAUAACAGCAUCUUUUUCACCUUGGAAUCUCUGAAGCUUCCUGAUGGAUACCAACCUCAAGUAUUUGAUGUUGUUAAUGCUGUCGCGGUGGAGAGUAUUCAGUCCUGCUAUAUGUGGCGUGCAGUCUCCAUGACUCUCGUGAAAAGGUGGUAAUGAGAAAACAGCAUUUGUAAGCCCUGUGAAACAUCUCUUCUCUUGUCAGUAAAGGGCCUAGUUUAAAAGUGUUUUGUUAAAAAAAAAAGUGUUUUGUUAUAAAUAGCUUAGUAAACCUCAAUGAUUAAUCCAAAUACAACCUUUCAAGUUCUGUGGGGGUUGGCUAAAUGGAGUUUACCUUCUGGAUAGUGGUUAGUAUUUUUCAUUAUUGAUUAAAGACAUUUGCAAAAAAAAAAAAUAAAAAAAA